UGCCUGUCUGCUGCAAACUUUCCUUAUCUUCCGGUAGUCGGGACUCCUCCAGCGCACUAAGUCAACAGUUUUUUUUGGAGACGGGAGGCAAAUAGAAGAGGAAGGAGAAGUGGGGAAGGCAGGGAUAUUGCCGAAAGCUUAAGAGUGUCGCCCGUAGUGACGCGAGCCGUGUAGCGGCGGAGAAGUGGACUUUUAACAGCAGGAGAUUUUCUCAAUGUGGCUGAGCUGAGCCAGUUAGCCUGCACUGAGGGUUCAGUGGUCGAAAGGCACGAUGCCUCAGGCCGCCGACAUGAUCGACUUGAGCUUCCUCUCUGACUCUGAGCGCGAGCUGAUCCUGGAGGUGCUGCAUCGGGACGGGGAGCUGAGACAGGCUGAGGAGCAGCGUGUUCGGAGUUUGAAGACGGAGCUGUUGGAUGUGAAGAGGAAAGGGGCCAAACGUGGCAGUGGGAAAUACAGUCAGCGCAGUUGUGGUAGAUGCCUGGAGCCUCUGAGUCGCCUGACUGUUGUCUCCAGCCAGUGUAAGAUGUGCAAUCACUAUGUGUGCCGCAACUGCCGAACCGUCUUCCCCGAGGGAUCCUGGCUGUGCACCGUGUGUGUCAUAGAGUCGGACCUAAAGAAAAGGACAGGUGACUGGUUCUACGAUCAAAGGAUAAACCGUUUCUCCGCAAUGCCUGGACACGACCUCGUGAGAGUCUCCCUGAAAAAGAGACCUCAGGCAAAGAAGCGUGAGACGACAGGAGAAGUGCUGUUAAGAAGUACCGAAAUAAAUCCAGAUCCUCCCACUCCUGUGCCGCGGGUCAGGCAGAAAGAUGUGCUAAAAAAUAACAACGGUCAUUCAACUGAAAAUUUAGGAUCAAUUGCUUCAAGGGAGUCACUUGAAUCAAAGGAGGAAGUUAAGUUAGCGCGCAGUGACACCGAGUCUGCAGAAAACAACAGUAUAAGCAGCAGUAAAAGAGGCACCGAGUCUGGCCACGUGACCCCUGAGCAACCAAGGAGAGAGAGUCGGUCAGCUCAGUCCAGCCGAGCAGGGUCCACUGUUUCCAGUCCGACCACUCCAGUCAAAACAGAUAGUGCUGACAGCGCCGAAGUUGAAGCUAACACUGCCCCAGAAGUGAAACCGCCCCAUCCGAGCCCGGAGCUGGAUGUUGAGAGACUCUUCAAAAAGAGCGUCAGACGAGCCCCAAAACCUCCUGAGAGUGUAUCAACGAUAGACCUGAGUGACGGACAUGAGGCCUCGAUGGGCAGCAGGAGCCGCUCCGUACCAGGCCUAGACAUACAGGAAGAUGGAGAGGAGGAAGAGGAUAUUGACAGGUUGGUUAACUUUCAUAAAAGGACAAUGGCUUCGAGCACCUACAGUCUGCACAGCUCAAAGAGCACACUGGGCAGCCUGAUGAGUAUUUACAGUGAAACAGGAGAUUAUGACAGCGUGGAGGUGAGCGGAGAAAUUGUCUUCUCAAUAAGCUACGACGAUCACACCCAGAGCCUCCACAUCUUCAUCAAGGAGUGCCACGGGCUGGCCAACGGCGAUGCCUCGCGGCAGCUUUCUAACCCUUAUGUCAAAUGUUACCUUCUCCCUGAGAAAUCUCGCCAGAGCAAAAGGAAGACCAGCAUCAAGAGAAACACAGUCAACCCCGUCUACAGAGAAACGCUGAAGUACUCCAUCAACCGCUCUCAGCUGUUCACCCGCUCAGUGCUGAUAGCAGUCUGGCAUUAUGGUCGCUUCAGCCGCAACGCCUUUCUGGGAGAGGUGGAGGUCCCUCUGGACACCCGAGACCUCAACUCCCCGUACGAAGAGCACAUGGCUCUAAUGGCAAAGUCGGCCUCUGCUGUGUCGACUUCAGCUUUUGCUCAGUACAAAGGAGAGUUGGUGAUCUCCUUGAAGUAUGUCACACCUAAAAAGCCAACGAUUGAGAAAAUCAAAGGUAAAAAGGUGAUGGUUGAGGGAGCAGGAGAACUGCACGUCCUGAUUAAAGAGGCGAAGAAUUUGAUGGCGAUUAAACCAGGAGGCACCUCAGACAGCUUUGUGAAAGGGUACCUGUUUCCAACUAAGGCAAAGUCCACAAAGAGGAAGACUCCAGUAGUGAAGAAGAACCUGAACCCAAACUACGACCAUACGUUUGUGUACAAGGAGCUGGUUCUGGAGCAGCUGGGAGGGAUGUGUCUGGAGCUGACUGUGUGGGACCGAGAGGCCAUGUCGAGCAACGAAUUUCUGGGAGGAGUCCGUCUCAGCUCUGGAGAAGGCUCUGUAAAAAUAGGAAAAGAGGAAGUGGCGAUGGACUCAGUUGGAGAGGAAAUCAGUCUGUGGCAGAAGAUGAUGCAGUACCCCGACUCGUGGGCAGAGGGCACUCUUCCACUGCGCUCCACGAUGGUGAGGGGCAAAUGAGGACGCCACACAGGACGGGGCCUUCGAAAACAAUCCGCAGACUGAAAUUGAGAGAAGCUGCAAGUCUGAGACAAAUAUGAGAUAUCGACAGAGGUGAAUGAAUACAUCUGAUUGGCUGAACAUCACAUCUGCCUCCCUAUA